AAUUAGUGCGAGUGUGAAAAGUGUGGUUUAAAAAUAGUUCAUUGGUGGGCGACGUGGAUAACGCCAGAUGAUAUAAGAUGAAACAUCAAUAUUGGUGGAAUUGAAACGCAGAACUUAGAGGAUGUCAGCAUUUGUGUCUGCGCAGGCGCAGUGCGUGCACAGGUGGUCGUGUCUUCUUCAUACAUACGGGAGUGCUGCUUCAGCUCAGCGCUCUGGAUCUCCUUCUGACUUUUUACCAUGAUUCUGUAACUGCUUAUUAAAAUGGACUCAUCAGAGUGCCCAAUGAAACAGAACGACUCUGUCUCAGAGGCAAUGAGGAAGCCUUCAGACAUGAGUCCGCGUCGCCUGUCAGAUAUCAGUCCUCAGAUCAGACAAUUGAAAUCCCUUGUCAUUGAUGAAGAUCUAAGUGAAGAACUGAAGUCAUCGAGAUCGGUCGAGUACAUCAACAACGCAUCCAUAGAAGAGCGGAUCCUGAGGAUCACUGGUUACUAUGGCUAUGAGCCCUGGGACGCAUCUAGAGGGGAGGACCAGCCCAACAGCGAGAAGGUGGAAGUGAAGGUAGAUGGCCAUUCUGCCACAGAAACAGUCAAAUCAGAUUGUGGGAACAGGCUGCAGGCGCUCCGCUGCUGUAUGCAUAUGACUGCAGUACACUUGCGCAGAGCAUUGUGGGGUGUCGCUGUGGUGAUCUGCAUCUGCGUUUCUUGGACAGGCUGCACUCAGUUGGCAAAAAUAACCAUCAGACGCUUGAAUGUCCCAUUCACACUCACUUGGUUCUCCACUUCCUGGAACUGUGCCAUCUUCCCUCUUUACUACCUGGGUCACCUGUGCUGUAGCAAGGACAGACAGACUCCCAGACAGCGCUUCAGAGAGUGUUGUCAGUUCUUGGGAGAUGACGUGCUGUCACUGAGGAUGCUGCUCUCUCGCGUAGCUCCUUUUGGAGUGCUGUGGACUCUCACCAGCUACCUGUACCUGCAAGGCCUUCGCAGAAUCCCUGCUACUGAUGCCUGUGCACUUUUCUGCUGUAGUCGUGCCUUUGUCUUCCUAAUAUCCUGGAUUGUCCUGCGGGAACGCUUUAUGGGAGUGCGGAUUGUGGCAGCCAUCUUAGCCAUUGGGGGCAUUGUUAUGAUGACAUAUGCCGAUGGUUUCCACAGCUAUUCUGUGAUAGGCAUCUCCCUUGUGGUUGGUUCUGCAUCAACAGCAGCUAUAUAUAAAGUUCUGUUUAAGCUUGUUCUGGGUAGUGCAAAGCUGGGUGAAGCAGCUGUGUAUCUUACUGUCCUCGGUGGAGCUAAUUUGGUCUUCAUUAGCGCUGUACCUCUGAUCCUGCUUCUCAUGGGGGCUGAGGACUUUGUUUCACAUCGAGAUUUGCCAUGGCCAAGCAUCUGUGGCAUGUCCGCUCUUCUGCUGGUGUUCAACUUCCUCUUGAAUUUUGGUGUUCUGAUAACACUUCCUACUCUGAUUUCUCUGGGCGUCGUCCUCAGUGUGCCUCUAAAUGCUGUCAUAGAUCGCUACAUGUGUGAGAUCCAGCUCAACAGUGUACGCAUCAUUGCGGUGUCCAUCAUUUGUUUGGGCUUCCUUUUGCUCUUACUGCCUGAGGACUGGGACCAGUGUCUGCCACAGUUACGAUCAAUGCUGUACAACCGAGAAGAGCCACAAGAGAGCGCCAGAGACAAACACUCAGAAACGCUUCACAUCAGGCCGGGAGAGGCCAAGAACUGCAACUCCAAAACUACUCCCAGCAUCCACUGACUCUGCAUUUUAUUCAUUUCAAAAGCUCCCUAAAGGCCCCAGAUUACUCUCUUCCACAUUUAUGAGGCAAUUUAGAUGUAUUGCACAUCAACAACUAUUGAUUGGAUAGAUGAAAGUUGCUAGAGAUCCAUAAAGGAGGGUGCUAUAGAUUGGAAAAUAAUUGUUUUGGAUUCGAUUGGUUCACCUGUUACACAGUUACUGAGUUAAUGAUGAGCAAGUUUGUUUUUCAUUUUAAA